GCAACACCGAGCGGAGAUAACACCCGAGCAUCACGUCAGCGCGCAGGAGGAGCAACUCAAAGCAGGAAACCGCAUCACUUAUCUCGCUGUCUUUUAAAACCUGGUCAGUCAUUUUUGUUUCUUCUGUUUUUUCCUUCCCAUCGAUUCUCAUAACUGGUACCAACAUGCCUGUUAUUAGGAAUCUCACCAAGGUAGCCAAGCAAGCCCUGCUGAGCACCCCGGGGUGCAGCUGCCAGCCCCUGACGGUGGCUGUGCGUACCAUCAGCUUCUCUCCCCGGCAGGUUACAUCGGAUGCAAGCUUCCACUCUGUGUCUUUUUCAGAAACAGAUCACCCCAAGGUGCUAAUCACAGGUGGCCUUGGGCAACUUGGAGUCGGGCUGGCCAAACUUCUGAGGAAGAGAUUUGGCAAGAACAAUGUCAUUCUGUCUGACAUCAGGAAACCUCCCAAUAAUGUGUUUCACAGCGGUCCCUUUAUCUACUCAGACAUCCUAGACUACAAGAACUUAAGAGAAAUUGUGGUGAACAACCGCAUCACUUGGCUGGUUCACUACAGCGCCCUCCUCAGUGCAGUCGGAGAGGCUAACGUGGCCUUGGCACGCUCUGUGAAUAUCACUGGGCUUCACAAUAUCCUGGACAUUGCUGCAGAGCAUGGCUUGCGGCUGUUUGUCCCAAGCACCAUCGGAGCUUUUGGUCCCUCUUCGCCCCGUAACCCAACGCCAGAUCUGUGUGUGCAGAGACCUCGCACUAUCUAUGGGGUGUCUAAAGUUCAUGCAGAGUUAAUGGGAGAGUAUUACCAUCACCGCUAUGGCCUGGACUUCCGGUGUCUCCGUUACCCAGGAAUCAUCUCUGCAGACUCCAUGCCAGGAGGUGGCACAACAGACUAUGCAGUUCAGAUUUUUCAUGAUGCAAUCAAGACUGGCAAGUUUGAGUGCAACUUGAGGCCUGACUCGCGGCUACCCAUGAUGUACAUCGACGACUGCCUACGCGCCACCCUGGAGGUGUUGGAGGCACCUGCUGACUCUUUGAGCAUGAGGACAUACAAUAUCAACGCCAUGAGUUUCACACCUGAGGAACUGGCCCAGGAGCUCAGGAAGCAGAUGCCGGAGCUGGAGGUCACAUACAACAUCGACCCAGUGCGACAGGCAAUUGCUGAUAGCUGGCCCAUGGACUUUGAUGACUCCAACGCACGGAAGGACUGGGGAUGGAAACACGACUACGAUCUCCCAGAGCUGGUCCAGACAAUGCUUAACUACUUAGGAGUGGAAACGUGCAUGGCUCAUGCCAAUUGAGAUGCCCCAUUAAAGUAUAUAUAUUUUUGUAUAUAAUGUAAAAUAUUUACCCAAGAGAAUAGAGAAACUUUGUCUGUACAUAAUUGUUCUCUCAAUUCUCUGAGCAAAAAACAGAAGCAAAGGGCUGUGCUUGUCUUCUACAUGGUUACCAUCUCUACAGAAUGUAAAGGUGCAGUACAAGAGAAAGAUAACUUUCUGUUGAACAUCUUGUUUGCUCGCCUUUCCCUUUUACUUCUUGAACAUUUGGGUUACAAGUGAAAGGGUGGAGAGUCUGUCAGGUUGAACCGCUUGAUCAGUAGAAAUCAAUUACUAGGAGAUUGACCUGCAUCUGGAGGGAGUUGCACAUCAUUUUUGCAACAUUUUCUUAUAAUGAUUUUCAAAAAUGCUGAUUGUACUAUUUUUUUUUUUUCCUGGAUCAGGGUUUUUGUUUUUCAGGAAUUAAAAUUAGGAAUCCAAGUUGUAUUUUUGAUUGUACUGUAUGUGAGGUGACUGAAGGUAAAGAUCCGGGGAAAUGAUUAUCUGAUACUACUCCGUAAUUAGUGUAUUUUUCAUAUUCUGUUAUUUAUUCUUUCCCCGUUAAAUGUUUGGAAGCUCUAUUGCCCCAAAUCAUUUGAUGCUCUGUUAUGUGUUUCUCUUCAGUUUUUGUUAUUUAAUGUUUUUUUUCACCAGCGCUUACAUUAUUUUGACAAAAAAAGAAAAAAAAAAGAAAAUGGUUAAUGUGACUCCACAUGGCACAUUCAUGCUUGGGAAUAAUUAGGUAGUGUCUGCAAAAGAGAUUACUUAUUUCUGUGUGUAUGUGAGAAAUUCUGUCAGUUCUUUCAGCCAGGAAAGAAAUUUCACAAUAAAUAUUUUCCAUAUA